CCAGCCUCUGAUGGAGUAUUUCCAACCGCUCAUCGAGUGGCUUGAAGAGGAGAACAAAAAGAACGGUGAUGUCCUGGGAUGGCCAGAGUACGAUUGGACGCCUUACAAAAUCGCUUCAGUGAUGGAAGAGAAGCCGAAAGCAGUCAGUUUCCUGGGUUUGAGUGUGGAUGAGGCAGGUGCGGUGGCGGGACAGUGGAUUCUCCUGGUUCUGAGCAUCGUCUUCCUGCUUGGCAUCAUCUAUUUAGUCUACAGAUACAGGAAGACUAAACGCUUACAAGACAAAUCGAUGUCUCAGAUGGAGCUUAAGUAAAGGAACACAUUCUAUUCUUACCAUGCAGUCAAUACUUUUUGACAAA